AUGGCUGCCUCACAUGCUCCUUGCCGCAUUCUAUCUCCUCUGCGCACUCAUCAGCUGCCCAUUGAAGAACAGCCCGGUUUCCUCGAAUGUCUACUCGAUAUCCUACAAGCUGAACAAGAGGCUAGUGUCCGUCUGUCGACUGUUAUCUACGUAAAGAACCGUGUCAACCGUUCAUGGUAUAACAACGAGGGUUACUCUACCGAGCCCCCCUCGAACCCAAUCCCCGAAGAUGAAAAGGCUCGUGUGCGAGACCGCCUUCUGCCGAUUCUCGCUGCUUCCGAAGGCCUCGUCCGCCAGCAGCUCAUUCCCGUCCUCCAGCGAAUCCUCCAAUAUGACUUUCCCGCUCGUUGGCCAAGAUUUAUGGACUUCACCCUGGAGCUUCUUAACACGAAUAACCCUGGCUCCGUCCUUGCUGGUCUGCAGUGCCUGCUCGCUAUUUGCCGCGCCUUCCGUUACAAGUCGACCGAUAGCGACGACCGACAACACUUUGACCAGAUUGUGGAGGCAAGCUUUCCUCGCCUUCUAGCCAUCUGCAACGAGCUGGUGAACCAGGAGAGCGAUGAGGCUGGCGAGAUGCUGCAUCUUGCUUUGAAGGCCUAUAAACAUGCGACAUGGUUGGAACUCUCCCCCACGUUGCGACAGCGCGAUGUCAACAUCGCUUGGUGCACUGUUUUCCUACACACCGUCUCCAAGGCUUGUCCCGCCAGUGCCAUGCAGGGCGACCAACACGAGCGCGAGAAGCACCAUUGGUGGAAGGCCAAGAAAUGGGCCUUCUUCAACCUGAACCGUCUCUUCAUCCGACAUGGCAACCCUGCCAGCCCAGGCAAGGGCGAGGAAGCGCUUGCUUUCGCUAAAGACUUCACCGCGAACAUUGCUCCCGAAAUCCUCAAGCACUAUCUCCAGGAGAUCGAGAAAUGGGUCGCCAAAACCUCUUGGCUCAGCCGGCCUUGUCUUUCUUAUACUCUUGUCUUCCUCGACGAGUCAGUCCGACCCAAGGAGAUGUGGGCACACCUCAAGCCUCACCUCACCAACCUGGUUACUCAUUUCGUCUUCCCUGUCCUUUGCCUCACCGAGGAGGAUGUCGAGCAAUUCGAGGACGAGCCCGACGAGUAUCUUCACCGAAAGCUCAACUACUUUGAAGAAGCCUCUGCUCCCGACGUUGCUGCCACGAAUUUCCUUGUCAACCUCACCAAGAACCGCCGCAAGGAGACUUUCGAGAUUCUCAAGUUUGUCAACGCCGUUGUCAACGAAUACGAACAGGUUGAAGAUGACAAGAAGAACCACAUUGCCAAGGAGGGUGCGCUGCGCAUGAUCGCCACUUUGGCCCCCGUCAUUUUGGGCAAAAAGAGUCCCAUUGCGGACCAAGUUGAAUACUUCCUUGUCCGUUAUGUUUUCCCUGACUUCACCAGCACUCAGGGUUAUCUCCGUGCUCGUGCUUGUGACACCAUCGAGAAGUUUGAGCAGCUCAACUUCCAAGACCAGAACAACCUUCUUACCAUUUAUCGACACAUUCUGGACUGUAUGGCCGACGAAGCCCUCCCUGUCCGUGUCACCGCCGCGCUCGCUCUCCAGCCUCUAAUCCGACACGAUAUCAUCCGAACGAGCAUGCAGCAGAACAUCCCUACGAUUAUGCAGCAGCUUCUCAAGCUCGCUAACGAGGCCGAUAUCGACGCGCUUGCGAACGUCAUGGAGGACUUCGUUGAGGUUUUUGCCACCGAACUCACUCCCUUCGCUGUGGCUCUUAGCGAGCAGCUCCGAGACACUUAUAUGAGGAUCGUUCGCGAGCUUCUCGAGAAGGAGAGCAAGGUUGGAGACGAUGGCGAACUUUAUAACGAAUAUGACGACAAGAGCAUCACUGCCCUCGGUGUUUUACAAACUAUCGGCACUCUUAUUCUCACUCUUGAGAGCACCCCUGAUGUCCUGCUCCAUAUCGAGGCUGUUCUUAUGCCCGUUAUCAAGGUUACCUUGGAGAACAAGCUCUACGAUCUUUAUAAUGAAGUGUUUGAGAUUAUUGACAGCUGCACGUUUGCCGCCAAGUCCAUCUCUCCUACUAUGUGGCAGGCCUUUGAGUUGAUUCACACUACUUUCAAGGCGGGCGCUGAGUAUUACCUCGAGGACAUGCUGCCAGCUCUGGACAACUUUGUCCAGUUCGGUGCUCCUCAGCUAGCUCAGAAGCCUGAGUACACUCAAGCUCUUUUCUCCAUGGUCGCUGACAUGUUCACCGACAGUAUUCAGGGAGGAGUCGAGAGAAUAUGCGCUUGUAAGUUGGCUGAGGCCAUGAUGCUUAGCUUGAAGGGGCAAAUCGACAGCUGCGUUGAGGGAUUCAUCAACAUUGCCAUGACCAUUCUGGCCAACCAGGAUGUCAAGGUCAAGAGCUAUCGUAUUCACUUGAUGGAGAUGGUGAUCAACUCCAUCCACUACAACCCUCUUCUUACUCUUCAAGUUCUUGAGAACAAGGGCUGGACAAACCGCUUCUUCAGCCUCUGGUUCGGCAGCAUGACGGCAUUUACUCGUGUUCAUGACAAGAAACUGUGUAUUGUUGCUAUCUCAGCUCUGCUCAGCCUGAACCCCGAGCACGUACCACAGAGUGUUUCUGUUGGCUGGCCUCGAUUACUGCAGGGCAUCACUGAACUGUUCCGCUCUCUCCCUGCUGCUCAGAAGAACCGCGACGAAGCUCUCCGCGAUGAUUUCCACCUCGAGUCUACCUACGAUUACGGUGAGGAAGAUGAGUGGGAUGAUGACGAGGCCAACUGGAAUGUCGAAGAGGAGGAAGAGACUGGCGAGACAGCCGAGUCCAAGGACGAGAGCACUGCUUACCUGAACUUCCUCAACGAAGAGGCCCAGAAGUUCAGCCGAGCGAUCGAUGAUGUUGAGGAAGACGACCUCGGUGAGGAUUCUGUCCUGCUUGAGUCGCCGCUUGACAAGAUUGAGCCCUACCAGCUGUUCCGUAAUACCUUGAUGAAAAUGCAAGCAGAGCAGCCCCAAUUUUACGGAAGCUUGGCUGGACACCUUACAGCCGAUGACCAGAACGUUAUUCAGAACGUGAUGGUCAAGGCUGAUGAGAUUGCCACACAGCAGGCUCAACAGGCCCAGCAGGCCCAGCUCCUCGCUCAGCAGCAGGCUGCCGCUAUGGCCGCUAGCCUGGGUGCACAGAACGGAGGUGCCAGCUAA